AAAAAUUCCCCAGGAUUUCUCUCGACUCGCACUUUGCAAAACCUCAGAAUCUCCUCUCCUCGCCUAAUUCAUUUGACAAAAUGGCCUCCAAGACCUUCGCCAGAACGCUGCGCACUGCUUCCAAGCAGAAAAUUACUGCUCCUUCCGUGCCAAAACGGUCAUUCGUCUCUGCUGUUGCGACCAGACCCGUGGUUGCAGCCCAUCAGCGAGCCUCGUUCGCAGCUCCAAGUCAGCAACAAACACGAGGUGUCAAGACUAUUGACUUUGCUGGCACAAAAGAGGAUGUCUACGAACGAGCCGACUGGCCUCGUGAGAAACUUCUUGACUACUUCAAGAAUGACACACUGGCACUCAUUGGCUACGGCUCACAAGGUCAUGGACAAGGUCUCAACCUCCGUGACAACGGUCUAAAUGUUAUUAUUGGUGUCCGCAAGAACGGAGCAUCAUGGAAAGAAGCCGAGCAAGACGGCUGGAUUCCAGGCAAAAACCUAUUCGAGGUUGACGAUGCUAUUUCUCGAGGCACAAUCAUUAUGAACUUACUCAGUGAUGCUGCUCAAAGCGAGACCUGGCCAGCCAUCAAGCCUCAAUUGACCAAGGGAAAGACCCUCUACUUCUCCCACGGUUUCUCGCCUGUCUUCAAGGACCUCACCAAGGUUGACGUCCCCAAGGACAUUGAUGUCAUCCUUGUCGCCCCCAAGGGUUCUGGCCGAACCGUCCGAUCUCUUUUCCGUGAAGGUCGUGGCAUCAACUCAUCCAUUGCCGUCUUCCAGGACGUUACCGGCAAAGCUAAAGAGAAGGCUAUCGCUCUAGGCGUUGCUGUCGGCAGCGGAUACCUCUACGAGACCACCUUCGAAAAAGAAGUUUACUCGGACCUGUACGGUGAGAGAGGCUGCUUGAUGGGUGGCAUCCACGGCAUGUUCCUUGCCCAGUACGAAGUCCUUCGCGAGCGUGGCCACUCCCCAUCCGAGGCGUUCAACGAGACCGUUGAGGAGGCUACCCAGUCCCUGUACCCGCUCAUUGGGGCCAACGGAAUGGAUUGGAUGUACUCCGCUUGCUCCACUACCGCUCGUCGCGGUGCUCUCGACUGGCAGGGCAAGUUCAAGGAUGCUCUCAAGCCUGUAUUCAAUGAUCUGUACGACAGUGUCAAGAACGGCACAGAGACCAAGCGCAGCUUGGAGUACAACAGCCAGAAGGACUACAGAGAGAAGUUUGAGAGCGAGAUGGAGGAGAUCCGCGGUUUGGAAAUCUGGCGUGCUGGAAAGGCUGUUCGCUCUCUGCGACCAGAGAACAACUAAUCGGUUGGCUGCAUAGUGGUGAUGUGAGAUAUCAAGGCGUUUGAAAAGUUGACUAUGUAUCAAAUGGUGGUCGUCGGUUGGUUAAAAGGAUGGAAUUUCUGCAGCAAUGCCAAUGAAUGCCAUUUCCUGGACCACCCAAUGGACCAUACUGUAUACUGUAGUAUAUUCCUUAUGCCUCGCCCACGGCUCCAUUUCCGUUAUUGCCGACUCCCGGAA